GUGAGAGCUGUCUACUAGCCAAAUUGGUAGAUAGUAAUUUACGUCAAUAUUUACGUUCCCAAGAUUUGUCGUGAGAAACAACCAAUCGGAAGACUGUGUUUGUUUGUUUACAUAUCCAUAGUAAUGUACAUGAAAACAUAUAUAAAUAUGCGUUGAUUUCCUUAAUAAAUGAUCUGUUGCCUGACUCUUGCCUUCUGUCGUUACACUACUACUACUACUACUACUACUACUACUACUACUACUACUACUACUACUACUACUACUACUACUACUACUACUACUACUACUACUACUACUACUACUACUACUACUACUACUACUACUACUACUACUACUACUACUACUACUACUACUACUACUACUACUACUACUACUACUACUACUACUACUACUACUACUACUACUACUACUACUACUACUACUACUACUACUACUACUACUACUACUACUACUACUACUACUACUACUACUACUACUACUACUACUACUACUACUACUACUACUACUACUACUACUACUACUACUACUACUACUACUACUACUACUACUACUACUACUACUACUACUACUACUACUACUACUACUACUACUACUACUACUACUACUACUACUACUACUACUACUACUACUACUACUACUACUACUACUACUACUACUACUACUACUACUACUACUACUACUACUACUACUACUACUACUACUACUACUACUACUACUACUACUACUCUCACGCCCACAAUAAUGCGUGUUAUUUUUAGUAAUAUCUGA